AUGUAUUCCCAACCACGCACGAUUCUAGUAGUUUCACAGCAACCCAUCGCCACUGUGCGAGCACCACUUGGAGCAGCGGCGGCUCCACAAGCAGCAGCGGUAGAGCCCGCAGCAUCAGCAACUCCUGAAGUAACGGCAACGCCAGCACCAUCACUAGAGCCGUCACCGCAGCAGCCAGCAGGAGCAGGAGAAACAGCGGCAACAGAAGCAGACAGAGCAGUACCGACGUUCGUCAGAGAAGAAUUAGACACUGUGGUACAAGUGGCGGGUUCGGCACAAUUAGCAGCUGCAGAAGAACUUACGGCGGUGACAAUAAGAGAAACAGCAGCAGUGGAAACAACAGAAACAGCAACAGCUUCACCAGUGCCACAGGAAGGGAGAGGAGCCAGGGGGUCUGUGCUGCCAGAGUGGGUCUCUUUCUGUAUCGACACCAUAGCAUCUGUGUGUUCAUCCAUCAUUCGUGCCGCUCGUCGCGCUGCUGCUGCUGCUGCUUCCGUCGUUGCUGCAAUUGUAUCCAGGGGUAGAAGCAACUGCGAGGAGCAGGAUCCGACACGCACUGAGGAACAACCCGAUAGGAAAUAG